AUGGAUUAUGUAAUCUUUGUGAUUGAAGAAGUUUACGAUGCUGUGAAAGCUGAGCAGUUGAGUGAAAUUGUAAAACAAACUUUAAGUGAGUUGUUUGAUCAUUAUAGUUUGUUAAGUGGUAAAUCCCAAGAGGAACCAAGUGUUGUUUCUCAAUCUAAUGUCUCUAGAGUUAGGGGUGUUCAUUCGACCAAGUACAAAAGGAAGAGGGCUGAAAGUGUGUUUAGUGAAGGAAAAUCUGAACUUGAAAAGUAUUUGGAGGACAAAGUAGAACCUGAUGUUAAGAAAUUUGAUUUGCUUGAUUGGUGGAAGAACAAAAGUCAAACCUAUCCCAUAAUUUCUGUAAUGGCUCGAGAUAUUUUGGCAAUUUCUGUAUCUACAGUGGCUUCGGAAUCUGCUUUCAGCACUGGAGGUCGUGUUCUUGACUCAUUUCGGAGUUCUUUAACUCCAAAAAUUGUUGAGUGUCUCAUUUGUGGACAAAAUUGGCUGAGAGCAUCACCUGUAGCAAUCCAAAAAAAAGGAACAAAUUGA